AUGGCUGUACAGAGACUGAGAGAGUCUCCCAGGUUACAGCUAUUCUGGCGUGCAGAGUUUCACAGCAUCAGUCAAUUUGUCGAGUAUCUCAUGACAGUUUACUUCGGCAAGCCUACCCUUGCUGAUCUCAUUGUUACCCAUGUUGGCUUGGUAAGCCUAUUGCACGAAUGCGACAACGUCGAGACUGAACAAGUUCUCAAGAAUGAGUUUGCAUCUCAGGCGACGCUCUGUCGGCAAAAUCUGGACUCUAUCCUGGCUGGUCUUCCCUUCAAUAUGCCCUGCACACCCGAUUACAUACUUGCCCUGUUUAUGGCCUCAUCCUACCAUCUCGAGAAUUGCCGGAUUUCUAUGUCCUGGAAUACUCUUGCUGCGGCAGUACAGAUGUGCCAGACGCUAGGCUUCACCCGUGAAAAUCUCCCAAAGCCAGAGUCUGGAGAAGCAAAGCAGCGACGGGCUAAAUUAAUCUUCUAUAUCCACCUUUGCGACAAGAUGCUUGCUUUGAGGCUGAGUCGGCCAGUCUUGAUACGAGAUGGAGAAAUUACUAUUAACUUUGAGGCUUUAGAAACGGAUAGGGGAGACGGACCUACCCCGAUUAUUGCGAAAUGGGCAUGGUUUUGCAGCCUUCAAGGAAGAAUCUAUGAUAUCCUCUACAGUCCGGGGUCUUUGCUUCAGCCAGAUGUUGAGAGAGAGACGAAUGCGAGGAGAUUAGCGGCUGAGAUGGAGCAGUUGUUCCAAACAAAGAGUGUGGCAGAGGAGCACUUAUUUGAGUCAAUCGGGGCAAGUAUCGGCGAAAACCAGAGCGAGGUCUUCCGCAGGACCGAUAAGGUAGCAUACUAUUCCACGCGCUGUCUGGUAUUUAGAGCAGUGAAACCUGCGUCUAUGACAUCCUCUGCGUUUUGCUACGAAUGCCUAGAAGCAGCAAAGAAUGGUCUUGAGCAACACAGGAUUUGUUUGUCAAUGCUCAAGAACGUUGAAGCCAUCAUCUUUGAGUUCUACAUGCACUGGGGUCUUAUGGCGGUCCCUCUGGUACCAUUCAUAGUCUUGUUUUGCCAUGCUAUCGAGACCUGCGACCCGACUCACUUGGAGCCGCUCGCAGCCGUGGUUGAAACAGUCGACAUGAUACCCCCAGAUCUUCCAAAUGUUUACAGAAAGCAACUUCAUCUGUUCAAGCUCAUGUAUGAAGUCGCAUGCAAGUAUGUGGGCUCGAGGGCCAAUAAUCCUCAAGUCCAGGUGUCAGGGCGCAUACCUGAUACACCAUUUGAGAUGCUGUUCUUCGAGGCAGGAGUUCCUGUGCCCAGUCACCUGAACAUGCAGACAAACCUUCAGAGCUUUAAUGAUGGAACACACCUUGCAAAUGAGGUUAAUUACGGGGGCUUACCAACAGGACAAGGGGGGAAUAUGGUGGAGGGUGGCUUUGACCAUAACAUGGAGCUGGGGAACUGGUUUGAGCAAAACCAGGAGAUAUUUAUGAUGCUAGACAACAACCAAUCAUAG